GCCUGGAUGUCUGCCCCCGGCCCGUUCCCAAAAGCCUCCCCUGGUCUGCCCUGGUCUUCUUCUUCUGCCCUGGCUUGCGUGCUUCUGCCCAUCAACGACUGGACACAGCCCUGUUUGUCCUAGGUAGUCAGUCAGCAGUUUUAGUCUCGUCUCGUCUUGUCAGGUUGUCUUGUCUUGGUCGACCGAGGGGGGUGCACCAUCGCAUCACAUCUCACCUCGUCUCUCGUUUCUCAUUCCCACAGGAUCCAGCCUGGAACUACGAAUUCAUUACGUGUACCUAUGCGAACCUGACUUACGCCAUCUCUGUCACUGUUUGUCGACAAUAUUCGCUCGCUACCUAUCAAAUCUUCGCUUCUCACUGUCGCAAAAUACCCCUUUACCAUUAAUGUAUAGCUUUUGACCCCCGACGCGUAAUCCUAGGUAUUCACUCCAUCGCAUCCAAUUGCCGCCACCUUGCGCUUGCUCCAGCCUACAACCUUUGGCUGAGAAUUCGAUUGACGAAUGUCGCCCGCUUGAUCGCCCGCUUACAAUAACCCUUGAGAACGUCCCAUCAUUAUCGUAGGCUCGACUAUCCCGCACUCUCGACUCGGCUACACAACCUACUCAGCUCGUACAAUCACAUCGACUCGCAAUGGGGAAGAAGUGGCGUUAUGGAGUUAUUUUGGAUGCUGGGUCUUCGGGGACCCGUCUCCAUAUCUACCGAUGGCAAGACGCCUCGAAAAUAAUAAAACAUGCAUCCAUCGAAGACCUGAAUCACCUCCCUAGCCUGGAAAAUUACUAUACCAAGAAAAUUCGGCCUGGUGUCUCGACCUGGGGCGACCACCCAGAGGAUGUUGGCCCCGAGCACCUCGAGACACUGAUCAAGAAAGCCAAGAAGAAAAUACCCGACGAUAGACAUGCUGAUACCCCCAUAUACCUAAUGGCCACAGCUGGCGUGCGGCUUCUCCCGAAAGACCAACAACGCACUCUAUUGUCCGAGAUAUGCACGUAUUUCCGCCAAGAGAGUUCGUUCUCUCUCCCUGACUGCAAUGCUCACAUCCAGGUCAUUCCUGGCGAGACGGAGGGAUUGUAUGGAUGGAUAGCUGCCAAUUACUUACUAGGAGGGUUCGACGACGCAGAAGGACAUUCUCAUGGCAAGGGUCAUCAUACGUACGGUUUUCUCGACAUGGGUGGCGCCUCGGCACAGAUUGCAUUCGCACCAAAUACUACCGUUGCGGAAGAACAUGGGAAUGAUCUCAAACUGGUACGGCUGCGCACGAUGGACGGUUCUUCCCACGAGUAUAAGGUCUUUUCCUCCACAUGGCUGGGAUUUGGUGUAAACCAGGCCCGAUCGCGAUACGUGGAGCAAUUGGUUGAUAGCAUUCUCAUUGAUGGCGAGCACGAAGUCCCCGACCCUUGUCUACCCAAAGGUUUACGCACUACCGAGACAGGUGAUAUCGUGGAAGGAACGUCGAAGCAAUUACAAUUAGUUGGGACCGGCGAAUUCGACGAGUGUAUACGGACGACAAAGCCUUUACUUGGAAAGGACAUGCCUUGUAAGGAUGAACCAUGUCUGUUCAAUGGCCAGCACGUACCGCCGAUCGAUUUCGAUGUCAAUCACUUUGUGGGUGUUUCUGAAUACUGGCAUACGACUCAUGGUGUCUUUGCGACCAAAGAGGACGACCAGGCAUACGAUUUUAAUACAUAUCAAAAGAAGGUUAUGGAGUUCUGCAGCCAGCCAUGGCAGAAAAUCGAGUCGAGCAUAGAGGCGAGAAAAACCGAUCCGUUUAAGGAGGCACAGGAGGCUUGUUUCAAGGCUUCAUGGCUAAUUAACGUCCUUCAUGAGGGUAUUGGUGUGCCGAGGAUCGGUCUAGAUGACACACCUACUCCAGGUAUCAACAUCAGUAAAACAAUUGGCGAAGCUGCGAAAGAGAAGGGCUUUUUGAACGCUUUCCAGGCUGCUGACGAGAUUGACGACAUGGAAAUUAGCUGGACGCUGGGAAAGAUGGUCCUUUAUGCAGCAGGCCAGAUCCCGCCUCAAGAGGACGAUCUUCUGCCGGUUGGGUUUGGGAGCAACACGAAAGAUAUCCCAGUAGACUUUCAACAUGCUGGCUCGAGUUAUAACAAGAGUUCGGUGGUUGACCAUGACGACGGCUGGUCCGACACUGCUGAGGACUUGAUCGAUCAUGCCAAAUCUAGAUCGGCCUCAGGCUUCUUGAUCUUCAUUAUAAUUCUCGUUGUCACUGCGUUCAUCUUCAGGAAAAGAGAUCGCCGUAUGCGACUAUACACUCGAAUCAACCAUGUACUCCGCCGACCCCGUCGACCAGGAAGUCCCCGGAAAGGAGGAGGUGGGCUGUCAGCCUUGAGAAGCAAGCUCUUCGGCCAAAGAAGUCACCACUACGAGAGGGUAAUGGAGGAAGGCGACUUGGACCAAUUCGAGCUGGGAGAUGCCUUUUCCGAUGACGACCACUCCGAAAGCAGUGCAGGGACUCGAUUUGGUCGCACCUCGGGCCUUGCUACUCCCAAACUGAAUGUCGAGUCCUUCGAUGAUCUGAAGAAGGCCAUGCCUAUGCCUAGCAACCCAAUCGAUAGGAGUGGUCUCGUUGUUAGAACGGAAAGCCGGGAGAGGUUGGUGCCGCACAUGUUGAACGCUGGCAGGAGAAGCCGAACGGGGAGCCCUACGCGGUUGAAAAGUCCGCAACUAAGCCCGCUUUCGGAAACCUAAGUUGAGGUUGACGAGAUGAUUCUUUCUCUGUAUCUAUUUUUGCCGACUAAGCGCUGUCGGUUUCUAUUUUUACUAUUAAUUCUUGGGCACACACACUAUACAUGAGCGGUUGGUGGUUUUGGCUUGAUGGGGAGUUUUAUUAUUAUUUUCACGGCAUGAUAAGUGUCAUCAAUCGAAUUGGAGUUUGGGUGUGCGAUUAAAAGUGGUACCUAUAGGAGCCGUUUGAUUUUGGUGUAGGAGGACAAUUGAAUCAUUGCUCAAUUCUGGAUUGGCGUCGGUUUUUAUCCAUACAUAAUAUGACUACAUGCAAGAUUUGAGAGAU